UUCAAAUUCAUCCAAAAAAACCAAACACCCAACAUAGACAGAAACUUUAAUUUACACCACUAUAGAAUAUAGAUCAUCCAGAUAGAGCAAACCCUAACACAAUCAAAAGUUAGAGAUGGAAGAAGAUAAUAUACUGCAGCAAAUCAGAUCCAAAGCGGCCGAAUUUCUACUUAGAGAAGAUUGGAAUGAAUCAAUUAAAGCUUAUUCCCACUUUAUUCCUCUUUGCCAACAACAAAUCUCUAAGACCCAGCAAGAAUCUGAUCUUUUGAAACUCCGAAAAUCUCUCUGUUUAGCCCUUUCAAAUCGAGCCGAAGCCCGAUUCAGAUUAAGGGAUUUUGAAGAAGCAUUGAAGGAUUGUGAGGAAUCCCUUCAAAUUGAUAAUACCCAUUUAAAAACCCUUGUCUGUAAAGGUAAAAUCUUGCUCAAUCUCAAUCGAUAUUCUUUAGCUUUAGAUUGUCUGAAAAGGGCUUUGGUUUUUGAGUCCCAAUGUAAUGGGAAUUUAGAGGUUUUAAAUGGGUUGAUUGAGAAAUGCAAGAAACUUGAUUAUUUGUCUAGAACUGGUAAUUUUGAUAUUUCUAAUUGGGUUUCAUGUGGGUUUUCUGGGAUUUGUCCUGAACUUUGUGAAUUUGUGGGUAAUGUUGAGAUCAAAAAAUCUGAAAUUAGUGGCAGAGGUUUGUUUUGUACUAAAAGUAUUGAUAUUGGGAGCUUAAUUUUAGUUACGAAAUCAGUUGCUACUGAAAGAUGCAUACUUCCAAAAGAUAGUAAGGGGCUUUUGGAUGAAAAUGAACAAUUGGUUAUGUGGAAGAAUUUCAUUGAUAGAGUUACUGAAUCUUCAUCAAAAUGUCACAAAACUCGUCAUUUGAUCAGUAAAUUGUCGAUUGGAGAGAACGAGGAUGAUCUCGAAACCCCAGAUAUUAGUCUCUUUAAGCCUGAAACUGAUGGAGAAAGUUUCCCAAAUAAAAAUCUAGAAGAAGAUAAGAUUCUAAGUAUUCUAGAUGUGAAUUCACUUGUUGAAGAUGCUGUUUCUUCUAAGGUUCUUGGAAAAAACAGUGAUUACUAUGGUGUCGGUUUAUGGUUACUUCCUUCAUUCAUCAAUCAUUCUUGUAGUCCUAAUGCAAGGAGAUUGCAUAUAGGUGAUUAUGUGGUUGUUCUUGCUUCUAAGGAAAUUAAGGCAGGGAAAGAGAUCACAUUUGCUUACUAUGAUGUUCUUUGUCCGCUAGCCAAACGAAGAGAAAUGUCGAAAACAUGGGGGUUCAAUUGUGAGUGUAAAAGAUGCAAAUAUGAAGAAAAGAUGCAGUCUAAACCCGAGAUGGGAGAAAUCGAAAUUGGACUUGAGAAAGGAGUUGAUGUUGGUUGUGCGAUUUUUCGAUUGGAAGAGUGUAUGAAGAGAUGGGUUAUGAGAGGUAAAGAAAAGGGUUACUUUCGAGCAUCAUUUUGGAAAGCAUUUUCAGAAGCAUUUGAGUCAGAGAAAUGUGUAAGAAGGUGGGGAAGGAAGAUACCAGCUUUGGAGCCUAUUGUUGAUAGUUUAGUUGAAGCAGUUGGGAGUGAUGAAAGAGUUGUGAAAGUUUUGGUUAGGAAACUGAAAAGAGGAAGUUGUGGGUAUGGAGAUAUGGAAAGGGCAAUCAAGUUAGGAAGGGGUGUGUAUGGUAAAGUCAUGAAGAGACAAGCAUUGAGAAUUCUACUUGAGUUGGGUGUUCAUGAAUAGUGUGCAAUGCAGUGUCACAUGAUCCGCUAAUCUGCUCGGGGAUUGUGAAUCGAGAAAAGGGAAUUAUGGUUGAUUUUGGACGAUUUUAAGUGAAUCGCGAAUUCAAUAACAAAAUUAGUGCAGUAUCACAUGAUCCAUUAAUCUGCUCAUGAAUUAUGAAUCGAGAAAAAGGAAUUAUGGUCGAUUAUGAAUUAUAUAAGUGAAUCGCGAAUUCAGUAAGAAAAUUAGUCGGCGAAUUAUGUUAUAGUGGCACUGUUACUAGCUUAGUAGCAUUUCCUACAAGUUCUCUUCUAGAAUCGAGAAAAAUAGUUGAAUUGUUCCUUGUAAUCUUUCUUUCUGGCUUUACCAACAAAAAUAGUUUGAACCUUUUAGGGUUGAUUCAUGUUUUGUAUUAGCUGUGAUAGCUGGAGAAACGUUGUUAAGUGUAGCAAUGAUUAGUGCUAUUAUGAUCAUUUGGUUAGUAUGAAAUGGUACUACUAAGAAUAAUUUUUACGGUAAAUUUUCAUAAAAUGUAUCUUAUUUUUAUAGUGAUGAAACUUUAUAUUUCCCGUUUA